AUGCGCCAGACGCAGUCCAGGGAGCUUGCGGGCAGGCUGCGACAGCUGUACAGCUCAGCCCCUGAUGCCGUCGUGACUUCUUCCGUCUUUCGCAACCUGGCCCAGGAGGCCAGCCAGGGCUCGCUGGAUCGUGCCACUCUUCUCGCCUCCAUCCCCGCCCCUCUCACGCCCUCUGAUCGACCCCUUCAACUCUUCCAUCGCAUUCUCCUCGACCUUCCCGGCCCUUGGUCCACUUUUGACCUCAUUCAGUGCCAUGCUCGCCUCAUCAAGUUCAUGCCCGAGUCGGCCAAGGCGACUAGUGCUGGCGACUCCACUGGCCUGAUCAAAGAAGUUGAGGAUCUGAUCAAGCAAUCCUAUCAGUCUUUCGCGCAGUUUCUUGGACACGGUUCCAAGCCGGCUCUGCGCUCGACAAAAGCCAAGGACUUCAUAACACACUCCGGCCUUCAUAGCUUCGUUGAUAGCUUUGCUGUGCCUGUGAAGAUUCAGAAUGGCAGGAGUAAGCCCGUUGUCGCUAUUGCUCUUCCCAACGGCCCGUUGCUGGCGGCGGUCUGCAUUGCGACGACGACUUACUAUACCGCGUCCCCCAUCAACCCGGCAGCUGGGCCAGUGCAGUUCCAGGCAGAUGUUCUCCAGGCUGGCGCUGGAUGCAUUCUCACAACACCCGAUGAUUACGACAGGCUGCAGCUCAGCGACGACUGGGUCAGCGAGCAUGGCAUCGAAAUCGCCUUUGUCGAAUCAAAUGGCGAUGACAUUCGGCUGCAAGAUAUCAAGGGCCGGCCCCUGAAGAUCAAACAGCCCAAGCCAAAUCAUCCUGACGACAUCAGUCUCAUCCUCUUCACCAGUGGUACAUCUGGCACCAAGAAGGUGGUCCCGCUCACUGUCCACUCCAUUGUCGCCGGCAUUGUCUUCGUCAUGGACUCGUGGGGAUUGACCUCUGACGAUGUCUGCCUGAACAUGAUGCCCUUGUACCAUGUAGGCGGACUGGUCCGCAAUAUCUUCGCUCCCAUGUUCUCUGGAGGCUCCACUGUCUGCUGCGCUGCGUUUGACCCGAGCCUCUUUUGGGACGUCGUCGAAGACAUCAAUCCUACCUGGUAUUACGCCUCGCCUUCUAUGCACUCCGUCAUCCUGGCGGAAGCCCCUUCAAGACCCAAGGCGCUCAAGAACAACAAGAUUCGACUGGCCUGCAACGCCGCUGGCGGCCUUCUGCCCUCCCUCGCAGUUCAACUUCGAGACACGUUUGAUUGCAUUGUUCUCCCGAGUUAUGGAAUGACUGAGUGCAUGCCGAUCUCGACCCCACUAUUGGAUUACAAGCUGGACCGCCCUGGCACAUCGGGCCUGUCCACUGGGCCCGAGAUGACCGUGCUGGAUUGGUCCGAUGAAAAGGUCCGUCCUGGUGCCGUUGGUCGCGUUUGCGUCCGUGGCGAGCCGGUCUUCCACGGCUACCUCAAGUCCGAUGGAUCUCUCGACAAGUCCCCAUUCAACAAAAAUGGCUGGUUCGAUACCGGUGAUCUUGGUUACCUCGACGCCGAUGGCUACCUUUACAUUACUGGUCGCAGCAAAGAGGUCAUCAACCGUGGAGGAGAGCUCAUUUCUCCCUUUGAAGUUGAGAAUGCCAUCAUGGCUGCUGCCGGGGCUGUCGAUUCACCCAUAUCAGGUCGUGUUACACAGGCUCUUGCCUUCUCCCUCACCCACGACGUCUUGCAGGAGGUUGUUGCCAUCGCGUUGGUAACGCCUCAAGAUAAGCAUCGAAUUGACCUCAAGACACUUCAUGAGGCACUCCGCUCCUCGCUUCAGCAGGUCAAGUGGCCCGUCCUGAUCACGUACAUGGACGAUCUACCUAAGAAAAACAACAAAGUCCUUCGCAUCAAGCUUGGAGAGCGUCUCAACAUCCCGGAGAUUACAGAUGACGCUCCCUACCUAGCUAGGCAUUGGACUGGUGUCUGCCCUCCCCCCGACACUGACCUCAAGGUCCCGAUCGCUUCCGCUCCGUGUGAGGUCGAUUGCGGCGCUGUCAUGGGGGUCAUCCGAUCUGCUCUUCCCAAAGACUUCCAGUCCCAUGUUCGUGUUCACGAAGGAAAUACUGAGGCUUUCCUCGCUCCCAAGGCAACAGCGAAGCAUGUUGAACCGCUUGAUCCUGAUUGGGCUGGCCACAUGAAGCGUUUUAUCUCACUGUCUGUUCAUAACUAUAUGGUUCCGAACAAGGUGCAUCUGCUUGCAGAACCUUUGCCACGAGACCCCAAUGGCGAUGUGGACGAGGAGGCACUGCAGGACAUUCUUGACAAGCUCGAGGAAGAAUCAAUGGGUAAGCUGGGCGGUUCAACUGAAGGUCGUGUUCUUCAAGCCUUCGCCUCGAUUCUCGCUUGCAGUGCUACCGAUAUUGAGCCCACCGCCGACUUCUUCGACCUUGGCGGUGACUCCCUGAGAGCUGGCAAGCUCAUGUCGGCGCUUAGGAACGACUUCAACGUCAGCCUGCCCAUCAGCUUGAUCUUCAGCCAGGGUACACCUAAAGCCCUAUCUGCACACAUUGAUGACCUGCUGAAGUCGGCACCCAGCGCGGACCAGAUGGAGAGCAACACAGAAGGCUGCGUGAAAACCAACAGCUCGACAAAUCCGUUCCUCAUGUUGCUCCAGUUGUUUCCCUUGGUGGUUUUGUAUCCCAUGCGCCGCGCCUUCCAGUGGACUAUCUUUAUCCUCGCCCUCAGUUACACUCAGGGCUGGGUAACCAACAUGUCGGUUCCCGGUCGUCUUCUCAACCUCACUGUCUCCAUCAUGUUCGCCCAGGUCGCCGUUCGGGCCGUCGCACCCUUCAUCGGUAUUGCCGCCAAGUGGGUCAUCAUCGGUCGUUACCGUGAAGGCCUCUACCCCAUGUGGGGUCUCUACCACACCCGUUGGUGGAUUGUACAGAAGACUGUGUCCAUCUGCGGAAAGGGUUUCUUCAACAUGAACGAGUCUACCAAGCGUCUGUAUCUUCGCAUGAUGGGCGCUCGUAUCGGUAAGGGCGUAAAGGUCAACGGCACAUCUCUCGGCGAAUGGGACCUUCUGGACAUUCGCGAUGGUGCCACGCUUGGAAAGUGCACCUGUCGCCCGUUCGCCGCCGAGGGUAAUACGUCAAUGUACCUGGGUCGCAUCGUCAUUGGGGAAAACGUCUCUGUCGGCGUCGCCUCAAUCAUCGCCCCGGGCUCUUACGUGCCCGCUGACACUUGCAUUGGUCUCAACUCUUCCAGCUGGGAGCAGCAGGAUGCUGACGAGUCGUACCGCGACCUGACGGCUAGCCGCGCUCCCAAGCCUCACUGGGCCAUGUCGAUCUUCUUCACCAUGCCCAUCAUGCUCAUCGCCUGGUUCUUGGCACUGACUCCUUGGCUUGGCGGUCUGGUCGGCAUGGUGCUCAAUCAGCCAAUGGACAACAACUCGCCUUUACGUGAUAUCCUCAACUGGUUUACCCAGCCCGAGCGUGUCGGCUAUCACUACCUGGCACUUGUCCUGCGCACUAUGUUCAGCCCCUACAUUCUCUUCGGCUUUACGAUUUUCAUCAAGACCGUUCUCGAUGCCUGCUUCGGCAAGAUGGGACCCAACCCUGUGGAGGGCCGUGGCAACGUCACUACAUGGAGGGGAGCUCUCAUGAACAGUCUCAUGCCUGGAUCCCGUCUUCACGACCUUACUGCCAUGUUCGGUCAGCAUUACGAGGCCACUUCAGUAGCAGUCCGUAUGCUUGGUGGCAAGAUUGGCAAGCGUGUCUACUGGCCCGGUACCGGCCCCGGCAUCGGCGACUAUCACCUGCUCGAUAUUGGUGACGAUGUCGUGUUCGGCUCUCGUUCGCGUCUCAUCACUUCCGACGGCAAUGGAUCUGAGAAGAUUGUCAUUCGUGACCGUGCCAUGAUUGCUGAUCGCGUCACCUUGCUCCCUGGUGUUGAAGUUGGCCACAAGACUGUUAUGGGCUCCGGUGCUUUGACCCGUCGCGGUGGCCGCUACGCUGAUGGUGGUACCUACGUUGGUUCCAAGGGAGGUGACGCCGUCUGCCUCUCCUCCGGUUCCGACAUGUCGGAGAAGAAGGAGAAGCGCCAAAGCCAAAUCCACCGCGUUGCGAGUGACGCUACUCUCAUUGAGACCCGGGAGGCGCCCUCAAAGAAGGCCCCGAACGUGUCCGACCAUCCUAUCAUGGCCAGGGAUUCUGACAGCGAGCACACAAUCGUCAACCAAGAUGAGGCUUCCCCUUUCGGCCGCGCCUUCUACUUCAAGCUUGCUCCCUACAGAGUCAUGGGCCCCUUUGCCAUCUUCUGCUACUCGACUUUCAUCACCGUCUUCACGGCUUUCUUCUGGAACGUGCCCAGCAUCACCGCCAUCCAGCUUGUCGAUCGCAUCACGCGUGAAUUCGUCCCUUCGUACGGCACAGCAAAGGAUGCUCUCAUUCUGUACGGCAUGGUGACGAUUGCUAUCUCGAUCCUGACCACUCUGCACGCCAUUUUCGCUCUUGGCAUUGUCAUUACCGCCAAGUGGAUGCUCCUCGGCCGCCGCACGCCCGGGAACUAUGAUUGGGACAAGUCGCCCUACUGCCAGCGCUGGCAACUCUUCCUGAACAUUGAGAAGAUUCGCCGCAACUGCUACCGUGGCCACGGCAUUCUCGGACUUCUCACCGGCACCGAGUGGAUCGUCCUCUACUUCCGCGCCCUGGGAGCCACUAUUGGCAAGGACUGCUGCUUGUUCGCCAACGGUAACCCCAGUCUCAUGUUCACCGAGCCGGACCUGAUCACACUUGGCGAUCGUGUAACUGUCGACGAUGCUAGUGUCGUGGCCCACAUCAACACGAGGGGCAAGUUCGACCUCAACAGGCUGCAAAUUGAUGACAGUUGCCUCCUCGAACAUACCCUCAUCAUGGGAGGUGACGUUGUCGAGGAGGGAUGCACGAUGCAAGGGUGGCCUGCGGAGCGCUACUAUGGAAAGCGCAUCAACCAGGGUACUGGUCAACCAGAUGGGGAGACGAGCGAUUCGGAUGGCCUUCGCAGCGACGCUGAGACCAUCACUGGAUGA